AUGGCAGAGGCACCGGCCUCCCCGGCCCCGCUCUCUCCGCUCGAAGUGGAGCUGGACCCGGAGUUCGAGCCCCAGAGCCGGCCGCGCUCCUGUACGUGGCCCCUGCAGAGGCCAGAGCUCCAGGGGAGCCCGGCCAAGCCCUCAGGGGAGACGGCUGCCGAUUCCAUGAUCCCCGAAGAGGAGGACGAUGAAGACGACGAGGACGGUAGCGGUAGGGCCAGCUCGGCCAUGGCGAUCGGCGGCGGCGGGAGCGGCACGCUGGGCUCCGGGCUGCUCCUUGAAGACUCGGCCCGGCUGCUGGCUCCUGGAGGGCAGGACUCCGGGUCCGGGCCAGCCCUCGCGGCGGGCGCGCUGAGCGGGGGGACGCAGACGCCGCUGCAGCCUCAGCAGCCACUGCCACCGCCGCAGCCGGGGGCGGCUGGGGGCUCCGGGCAGCCGAGGAAAUGCUCGUCGCGGCGGAACGCCUGGGGAAACCUGUCCUACGCCGACCUGAUCACUCGCGCCAUCGAGAGCUCCCCGGACAAACGGCUCACUCUGUCCCAGAUCUACGAGUGGAUGGUGCGCUGCGUGCCCUACUUCAAGGAUAAGGGCGAUAGCAACAGCUCGGCCGGGUGGAAGAACUCUAUUCGGCACAACCUGUCACUGCACAGCCGUUUCAUGCGGGUCCAGAAUGAGGGGACUGGCAAGAGCUCUUGGUGGAUCAUCAACCCUGAUGGGGGGAAGAGCGGGAAGGCACCCCGGCGGCGGGCUGUCUCCAUGGACAACAGCAACAAGUAUACCAAGAGUCGUGGCCGUGCAGCCAAGAAGAAGGCAGCCCUGCAGACAGCCCCCGAGUCAGCAGAUGACAGUCCCUCCCAGCUCUCCAAGUGGCCUGGCAGCCCCACGUCACGCAGCAGUGACGAGCUGGAUGCGUGGACCGACUUCCGCUCACGCACCAAUUCCAAUGCCAGCACGGUCAGUGGCCGCCUGUCACCCAUCUUGGCAAGCACGGAGUUGGAUGACGUCCAGGAUGAUGAUGCACCGCUCUCCCCCAUGCUCUACAGCAGCUCAGCUAGCCUGUCACCCUCUGUAAGUAAGCCAUGCACCGUGGAGCUACCACGGCUGACCGACAUGGCGGGCACCAUGAAUCUGAAUGAUGGGCUCUCUGACAACCUCAUGGAUGACCUGCUGGAUAACAUCACACUCCCAUCGUCCCAGCCAUCGCCCACCGGAGGGCUCAUGCAGCGGAGCUCUAGCUUCCCAUACACCGCCAAGGGCUCCGGCCUGGGCUCUCCAACCAGCUCCUUCAAUAGCACGGUGUUUGGACCCUCAUCUCUGAAUUCCCUGCGCCAGUCUCCCAUGCAGACCAUCCAAGAGAACAAGCCAGCUACCUUCUCUUCCAUGUCACACUAUGGCAACCAGACACUCCAGGACCUGCUCACUUCAGACUCACUCAGCCACAGCGAUGUCAUGAUGACCCAGUCAGACCCCUUGAUGUCUCAGGCCAGCACCGCUGUGUCUGCCCAGAACUCCCGCCGGAACGUGAUGCUUCGAAAUGACCCAAUGAUGUCCUUUGCUGCCCAGCCUAACCAGGGGAGUUUGGUCAAUCAGAACUUGCUCCACCACCAGCACCAAACCCAGGGCGCUCUCGGUGGCAGCCGUGCCUUGUCGAAUUCUGUCAGCAACAUGGGCUUGAGCGACUCCAGCAGCCUUGGGUCAGUCAAACACCAGCAACAAUCUCCUGUCAGCCAGUCUAUGCAAACCCUCUCAGACUCUCUCUCAGGCUCCUCCUUGUACUCAGCUAGUGCAAACCUUCCCGUCGUGGGCCACGAGAAGUUCCCCAGCGACUUGGACCUGGACAUGUUCAAUGGGAGCUUGGAGUGCGACAUGGAGUCCAUUAUCCGUAGUGAACUCAUGGAUGCCGAUGGGUUGGAUUUUAAUUUUGAUUCCCUCAUCUCCACACAGAAUGUUGUUGGUUUGAACGUGGGGAACUUCACUGGUGCUAAGCAGGCCUCAUCUCAGAGCUGGGUGCCAGGCUGAAGGAUCACUGAGGAAAGGGGAAGUGGGCAAAGCAGACCCUCAAACUGACACAAGACCUACAGAGAAAACCCUUUGCCAAAUCUGCU